GAUUGACUGACAUCCAAUCCUAACUACUGAAGAUAAAAGCCUGAAGCGUUACUUCAGUUUUACAUUUUACUUUGAGCGCGUGUUAUUAUUUUUUUCGUUACGGAGAUGGAUGAGCUAAGUUGGGGUGUUGAACUUUGGGAUCAUGUAGAGAAUCUGUUUAAACAUGAAAUCGAUCAGAUUGGAUUAACUGAGUCCUAUUUCAAACUUUUCUCAGAUGUUCAAAAGCUACAACAUGAAUUCGGAAAGAAAUUAAGGAAAACGGUUUCUGUAUAUUUACCAAGGAAAAAACCCGAUGUUGACGAAUUAUCUUCCGUUCUAACAUAUUCAAGUAUCGUGCCACAAAUUCUUGAAAUGGGUGUUACACAUGAGGCCAGUUCCAAAAAACUUAAUGAAUCUGUUGUCAAUCCAUUCAAAACUGAAGUUGAAAAUGAGAAGAGAUCCUUGGAAAAACAGCGUUCUCAUUGGUCAAAGAUGAACUCGACUCUAGAACAGUCGCGUAAGCAGUUGGAGCUAAGCUGGCAAAAGUAUGUAACCAGUUUCAAAGAAAAACAGAAAGCGUAUGAGGUUUCGGAAAGAGCUCAAAAUGAUAUCCAACUAGCUCGAGUAGAUCAACAAAAGUUUGAAGCUCUUUAUCAAAGCAAAGUACAGUCUUUUGAUCAAGCUAGUAGAAAUUAUGCUGAUGAUUUAACUAAAUACAAUACAGCUAAUCGACGUCACUUCAGCACUGAUAUAGUGACUUUUGUAGAUGAUAUGGAGUGUUCAAGUCGCAUGAGAAACAACCGCACUCGUGAACUUUUACUAAUGGUCGCCCGCAUAAAUGAAGAAACAAUAUCGAAACUCACUAGCUGCAACAAGUUAAUAUCUGAAGCGGUUUCUGCUCUUGAUUCGUCCUGUGACUCAGCCACGGUAAUAAAGAGGUUGCAUACAGAUGAACAACCUCCAGCUGAUUUACCAUUCCUCGAUUUGGAUAAAUGUCCUGUAAGUAUUUUGGACGGUCCGGCUUCAGAACUGGGAGCUCUAAUACUUGGUGUUGAAUCAGCAGAAUGCCCAAAUCAGUUAAAUAACUCAGGGAGUACCGUUUCAGGUAGCGGCAUGAUGAGUGGAUUCAUUCGAUCCACUCAUAAGACUUCAAAAGAUGAAUAUCUUAGUCUACGUUCACCAUUCAUAUGUGGUAUUAGUAUAAAAAGUAUAAAGACUGCAGAUUUGACAAUCAGACAAGUUUCUGACCGCCUAAAAGUAUUAAGGGACUUGGUAGUGAAGACUGAUAAUGAAUUGCGAAGCACUGAUCGAAUGAUUGAAUCCUGUCGGACCAAUCCUAAAUUUGGAGAUAUGGAAUGUUUAGUUCGAGCAGGUGCUAUUUACAGUAGACGUUUAAAUUCAUUAAAAAACCAUAUUAAGGAGCUUGAGGUGAAAUUCAGCAGUCUUGGUGGUGAUUUAGCCUAUACAAAAGCUGAAUCAAUAGCUGAAAAGCUUAGUUCACGUGCUGUAAUCAAUAAUAACUCAAAUACUUCAAAGAUUCCAUUUGUAAAUACCAAAUCUGAUGUUGACGAUGAUGAUGAUGGUGAAAGUGAUCAUUCAUUUGAUUCAGAUCAUGAAAAUGCUACGAAUACAAUCAACAGUAAUAAUAAUAGUAAUAGUCAUGAUAACAGUAUUGUAAAUAGCAGUUCGGAUAUACAUGCAGUAAAUCAAUACAUUGGCUAUGCUUCCGUUUUGUAUGAAUAUGAAGGUGACGGAAGUAAAUAUUUGGCAACAAAGCCUGGAGAAUUGUAUUAUGUGUCAAGUGUGGAUUCGACCAAUUCUGGCUGGACAGCUGUAGUAUCUGAAGAUGGAACACGUCAAGGUUUUGUUCCGACUGCUUACAUCAAUUUAACUCUAUAUUGAAUGAUCAAUUUUUAAUCGACUAUUCUUUACUCUUGUUUCUCUCUGUUUCUUUCUCUCUCUCUCUCUCUCUCUCCUAACUUCUUUUUCUCUCAAUAUAAUAAUUUUACUGUUAAUAUGAGUAUUCCAGUCUUCUUUAAUUAAAUUAAUAAAUAUUUUCCUGUGUUCAUUAAUAUUGAACAUAAUAUUUAUUGAUUUGUACAUUUAUCUCAUUGACUUAAUUUUUAAUAUUAUCUUCAUUCACAUUCUCAAUUAUGACCACUGCUGUUAGUUUAUCACUAUUCUUAUUCUCUCUAAUAGUAAUUAGUUGACGUUGAAUCUCGGAAAUCAAAGAUUAUUUUAAUUAUCAGUUCACUUGUUACUUUUCAUCAAUAUAUUAUUAAUAUAUUAUUAUUCUUAUUAUUAUAUUAAAUAUUAAAGGUGCACACAAUGCAUUAAUCAUUAAUUAGAAAAACACUUUGAACAAUGAACACAUGAGUGCCUUUAAUCAAGAUUCAUUCAGACUUAUUGUACUACUGCUUUACAAAGAUGUUCACAAUUUUGAAUAGAUCAGAAUUUUUAAAAAAAAAAACACAAGGGGGGAAACCAUUUCAUCAAGUAACUUUUACUUUACUUUGUUUUGUUUUUCUCGGUAAAAAAAUUCUCUUGUGUAUCAUGAAAGAAAAGUUAACUUACUUGUGUUACUACUAAUUAAUUGAUUAUCUAGUCUUCAGUAUUUCCAAAAUUCAUUAACUUUCAAUCAUGAAAUAAAUAUAUGCUUCACUCACUGAUUGAUUCAAUCCUAUUGGCAAAUAAUCACUGAAGUUGUAUUGAUUCAUUUUAUUGUUGAACUUAUGAUACAUGAACGUGUGUCAUAUAAGUUAUGUUUAAUUUAUACGGAUUCAGUUUUCUGUUAUUUCCUUUUAUCGUAUAUAUAUAUAUAUAUAUAUAUAUAUAUAUAUAUAUAUAUAUAUAUAUUCCAAUGCUUAAACAACGUACAACACUUGUGAACAAUAAAACUGAUUAAAACAGAAGUACAACGUUUAUUAUUGAACAUAAGAGUUAGCAUCAAUAUAUAUUUAUUUUAUUACCUAACUAUUGAACUCGAUUUUCAAAUGCAUCAUAUUUGCUGGCCUCUGUUUGAUUUCUUUCUUCCUUCUCUCUCAUUUCUUUUCGUCCCUUUUUCUUCUCUAACUAACAUAAUUCAGUAAAUUUUGCUUGUUUGUAUAUUUUAUUCACCAAUUUGUUUUUCUACGUAUAUAGAGAGGAUACUUAUGCAUUUUGUUUUUUUAGCCAUGUCAGUUCUGGACUUGCUUUCUGUUUGUUGAUUGGUUAUUAUUGGAGUUGUAGUUUUCAGUUCAUCUUCUAGUUGGUAAGUAUGAUAAAUUUGUUUCAGUAUAUCCAUCACUCAACCGUUGGCACUAAACCCCGUAUGUUCGAAUUUUUCUUAAUCCAAAAUUUAUACAACUGGUGUUAUUACUAUGUCUGUUGUUCAUUUAACAGCUGAGUCCUAAAUUCAUAGAUUAUAAUGUGGAUGUCUGACAGUAGUAGAUAUUCAAGG